UUCAAAUCGUGUGCAGAUCACCAGAUCACCAGAUCGGGUGCCAUGGACUUCGAUGAAGUACUUAAGGAAGUGGGCGCCUUCGGGCUCUAUCAAAAGAUCAUCAUAUGCUCGGUGCUGCUGCCGGCGGCCUUGCCCUGCGCCUUUCACGCCUACAGUCAGUUGUUUAUUGCAGCCACGCCCAAGCAUUGGUGCCGCAUCCCCGAACUGGAGCCCUGGACCCAGGACUACCUGCAAUUGGUCAAGAAUCUAAGUAUACCACGGGACAGACAGGGCGCCUACGCAGAGUGCAGCAUGUUCGAUCGCAACUACAGUGAAAUAGUACGCUAUCUGGAGUACCGCACGCCAUACGAGCUGCAAAGGGAGCAGUCGUCGCGGCUGCUGAAGGUAGACCAGGAAUCCAUUGUGGCCUGCCAGCAUGGCUGGCACUACGACCGAUCCAUGUAUCCCAGCACAGUUGUGCAAGAGUGGAAUCUGGUCUGCAAUAGCAGCUACUAUGUCACCCUGGCCUUGGUGCUCUUUGGCCUGGGCGGCUUGAUUGGUAACUAUGUGUUUGGCUACUUGGUGGAUCUGUGGGGUCGACGUCCCUCCUUCUACGCCUAUCUGCUACUCGAAAUAGUGGCAUGCGCUGCCAGCGCCUUCGCCUGGAACUAUUACUCCUGGCUGGGUCUGCGCUUUGUAGUGGGACUCACAGUGCCCGCCAUCCUGGCCAGUCCCUACGUUCUGGCCAUCGAGCUGGUGGGACCGGAUCGUCGCGUGUUUUGCACAAUUGUCUCCAACAUUGCCUAUUCGCUGGGACUUGUGCUGCUCGCAGGCGUGGUCUACUUGGUGCGUGACUGGCGCUAUCUGACUCUGGCCGUAUCGCUGCCGCUGCUGAUGCUCUUCUCCUGCUUUUUUGUGCUGCCCGAGUCGCCACGUUGGCUCAUCGCUGUGGGCCAGACGAAGAGGGCCGUGCGCAUCCUCAAGGUCAUGGCUCGGGUCAAUGGCGUGCACGUUUCUAGGGACUUUAUGGAGCGACUGCAGCAGCGACUGGUCCGAACGCAGCCGGCAGAGGCGUCGCACUACGGCAUUUUGGAUCUGUUUCGCGGCACUAACAUGCGACGCAAGACGCUGAUUGUGACCCUGAUCUGGUUUGCCAACACCAGCGUCUAUGUGGGCCUCAGCUACUAUGCUCCGGCGCUGGGUGGCGACGAGAUCUGGAAUUUCUUUUUGGCUGGCGCAGUGGAGCUGCCCACGUACCUGCUGCUCUGGCCGGGAUUAAGUUACUUUGGACGCCGUUGGAUUCUGUUCAUUUCCAUGCUAAUUGGAGGCAUCGCCUGUGUGGCCACCGUGCUGUAUCAGCAGCAGGCGGAGGUGAUGCUGCUGCUCUAUUGCAUUGGCAAGAUGGGCAUCUCGUCGGCGUUCGUCGUGCUGCCGUUGCUCGCCUCCGAGCUAUAUCCGACUGUGGUGCGUGGUCUGGGCAUGAGCUUCAGCUCGGUGGUGGCCAUGACGGGGCCCAUAUUCAUUCCAAUAAUCAAUCACAUGGGCCAGCAGAUGUUGGUGCUGCCUCUGAUUGUGAUGGGCGGAUUGUUAAUUGUCGGUGGUUUUGCCAGUCUCUUUCUGCCAGAGACGCGUGGCAGAAACCUGCCCCAGACUUUGGAGGAAGGUGAAGCGGUGCCACUUAGCUUUCUGCUUUGCUGCUGUGCGGAAUCGCAAACGCCGAGUCGCAGCCAGAACCACAACAGGGGCCUGGGCAGAGGCAGGAGCAGGAUGAUACCCGAAGAGGCGGCAACUGUCUAUCAUAGAGUGGGCAUUGGAGCUCCGCCAGUGUGUAAAAUUGUUUGCAGUAUUUGUAAAAAAGAAAUGCGAACAUUGUAA